AUGGUGACGCUCUUUUACAGUCGUCUGAAUGGCAUCCAAGAAAAUCAGUUUGUUGUAGAAGUUUGUGAGCGAUUAGACCACCGCUCCUGUGAAGCUCUGGAAGCCGUGCUGAAAUGGCUGCACUUUGAUUUCAUCAGUCUGCAGGCAGCCCAACUGGAAGAAAAUGGUGCAGCGUCCUUACUGGAUAUGAUUUUGUACUACGAAUCUACAACCCAUCUCGACAUUUCUGACAACAGCGCCAUGGCUACGUCGGGUUGGAGGGCCCUGGCUCAUUUAAUAAAGCAGAGCGUGCGUCUCUCCAGGCUGGACGUGUGUAACGUGUCCCUGGCUGAGUAUCCGUCCCAGUCUCUGUCUAAAGCUCUUCUGACCAGCCGCCUCACAGUGCUGCACCUGGACAAAGCCAAACUCAGCGGUCUGCCUCUCUUCACUCUGGUCUCGGCCCUGAAAUCCAACAGAAAUCUCAAAGAACUUCACCUCACUCACAACCAACUCAACAGUUUCCAGGACUCGAUGCAGCUCAGCGAUCUGCUGCGAUACAACAACACACUGCGCACUCUUGAACUAAGCAACAACCAAAUAGCUGAUGCUGGGUUUGAGGAGCUUUGUGAAGGGCUCCGAUGGCAGGGGACUGGGCUGAAGGUUCUCCUCAUACAAAACAACAAGAUCACCACCAAAGGCAUGCUGCAUCUGGCCAAAGCACUGCCGCUGCUUCGGGUGCUGCAGGUUUUGGACUUAAGUGAGAAUCUUUUGGAAAAUGAAGGAGUCCACAUCAUCAGAGAGCCGCUGAUGGCAAACUGCUCUUUGCUGCAGCUCGGCCUCGCUAACACCAGCAUCACGUGUGAAGGAGCGGUGGCGCUGGCUGAGGUCCUGGCUGAGUCGCGGCUGCUCCAGUGUUUAGACGUGAGUCAGAAUGAGGUGCGUGUCGGGGGUCUGAUGGCUCUGUGUUUGGCCCUGAGAAUAAACCGCUCCCUGGUGACGCUCCACCUGGACCAGGACCCUCCUCUAGAGCAGGACCAGUUCAUGAUGGAGACGCAGAUCAGCCUCCGAUCCCAAAUCGGCCAGCGCUGCCUCGCCAACUCCCGCCGCUCUGGCUUCUCCACCGCCUCAGUCGCUCUCACGGCUGCGGAGGACGCGCUCGACAGCUCCCCCUAA